AUGGCUGAGAUUCGCCGAAAACUUGUCAUUGUUGGUGACGGUGCUUGUGGUAAAACAUGUCUUCUAAUCGUUUUCUCUAAAGGCACUUUCCCUGAGGUCUACGUUCCUACUGUGUUCGAAAACUAUGUUGCUGACGUCGAAGUAGAUGGCAGACACGUUGAAUUAGCCUUAUGGGAUACAGCUGGUCAGGAAGAUUAUGAUCGUCUGAGACCCCUCUCUUAUCCUGAUUCUCACGUUAUCUUGAUUUGUUUUGCGGUUGACUCUCCCGAUUCUUUGGAUAACGUACAAGAAAAAGUAAGUGUUCAAAUUUUGGCAAUCAGCUUUGGUGUGAUGGUAUUGCAUACAUCAAAAUUGUGGCAAAAUAUCCGGAUAAUUGGAUGUAAGAAAGAUUUGAGGUUUGAUCCCAAGACUAUUGAAGAAUUGCGCAAGACUUCUCAAAGGCCAGUGACACCUGAAGAGGGUAUGAUGGUCUCUCAAAAAAUUGGUGCUUAUAAAUAUCUGGAGUGCUCAGCCAAAACUGGUGAGGGCGUCCGUGAAGUAUUUGAACAUGCUACGCGGGCAGCGCUCUUGGCCAGGGGGAAAAGGAGGAGAAAUACUUCACACU